AUGGGUAUCCUCUUGAGCGAGAUGCUCUUCAACUGCAUUGAAAAUGGUCUGAACCAGAGUCAGAUCAUCUGCCUAGGCUACGACUGUCAACACUUCUCCAGGGCGUCCUGGACAGAAGCACACCUGCACACAAGUGACAUCUUCUCCCCCUACUACUCAGAGAUAGUAGCCCAAGCGAAGGUGAUCUCCAUCAUGUGGUGUUCAGUUGAAGCUCUUCCUCUGCUAGUAGCCUUUUCUUUGUUUCUUGAAACCGCCUUGGCCACGCCAUUUGUUCAUCUGGUGUACACCCAGAACAACAGCUGUCUGGAUUUUAAAGCUGUCCCAGCCUGCUUCGGUCCACCAGUCCCUCUAACUGGUCUCAAGGGUUACCUUGUUGAAGCGGUACCUGCGAACGCUUGCCACCCCAUAAAAGCCACCCCAGCUUCCAACAGGACGCUCUCCAGCUUCAUUGCCCUCAUCCGCCGCUACGACUGUCCCUUCAACCUCAAAGUUUUCCAUGCCCAAGAAGCUGGGUACCAGGCAGCUGUUAUCUACAACUCCUACUCCGAUUUGUUGGUGAGCAUGGCAGUCCCAAUGGAAGAAAGCAGAUUGCAGAUCGUUAUUCCGGCACUGUUUAUUGGAGGGACAACUUCUACGCUUCUGAAAAGGCAAGUUCGUUCAGCGAAGGAUGUGCAAAUUAUGGUGGUGGUGCCAUGGGGCCAUUACAAUUUCUGCUGGGACAAAACGGACGCAGCCGUUUACGAAUCCGCUCUGCAUUGCCUGCUAAUCUGGCCGGGUUACUGUACCCAACAAGUAUUCCUCAAAUUCUUCCAUGAGUUUGGGCUGCUGAUCAGCCUCAGCAUGGGCACCAGUUUCUUGCUGCUGGCCAGCUGGGUGAAAUGGAGCCAGCCCAGCCAAGGCAUCCGAGUGAAGACCUUCAGAAGAGGUGACAGGUAUGACUCGUGUGUAAUCUGCCUGGCCGAAUAUGAAGCCGGCGACUUGCUGAACAUUCUUCCCUGUGCCCAUGUCUUCCACUACACCUGUAUCAACACCUGGUUACUCAUCCAACCCAUGGCUGAACAGACCUGUCCGAUCUGCAAACAGAUGGUUAAUAGCGCAAUCUAG